CUCCAGUGCGCCCGGCCGGUGCCCGGAGCGGCGCCCGGAUCCGGCCGCGCACUUCCCGCAGGCGCCGCGGAGCAGCGAGGGUGCAGGCGGCGGCGGUGGGCGCCGUCCUCGCCCGGGCCGGGCCAUGAAGGUCGAGUUUGCGCCGCUCAACGUCCCGCUGGAGCGGCGGCUGCAGACCGCGGCGGUGCUGCAGUGGGUCCUGUCUUUCCUGCUGCUGGCCCAGGUGUGUGUUGGAUUCAUCGUGGUGCUGAUCAUACACAACUAUUGGUUCCUUUACGUCCCUUACUUGACGUGGCUUUACUUUGACUGGCAUACCCCAGAGCAAGGAGGCAGGAGAUCCAACUGGGUCAGAAAUUGGACUGUUUGGAAGUACUUUAAGGACUAUUUUCCAAUUCACCUCAUCAAAACUCAGGAUUUGGAUCCAAGUCACAAUUAUAUAUUUGGGUUUCACCCUCAUGGAGUACUUGUGGCUGGAGCCUUUGGAAAUUUUUGUACAAAUUAUUCAGACUUCAAGGAGCUGUUUCCUGGCUUUACUGCGUAUCUUCAUGUGCUCCCAGUUUGGUUCCGGUGUCCUCUCUUCCGAGAAUAUCUGAUGAGUAGCGGGCCAGUUUCUGUUUCUAAGAAAAGCAUAUCAUACGUGAUGAGCAAGGAAGGAGGUGGAAACAUUUCUGUCAUUGUCCUUGGGGGUGCAGAAGAGUCACUGGAUGCCGGUCCUGGAAAAUUCACUCUGUUCAUCCGUCAGCGGAAAGGAUUUGUUAAAAUUGCUUUGACCCAUGGCGCAUAUUUGGUCCCAGUGUUUUCUUUUGGUGAAAAUGAACUGUUUAAACAAAUUAACAAUCCUGAAGGCUCAUGGCUUAGAACUGUUCAGGAGAAACUACAGAAGAUGAUGGGGUUUGCUUUGCCCCUGUUUCAUGCCAGAGGAGUUUUUCAGUACAGUUUUGGCCUAAUGCCUUAUAGGAAACCUAUCCACACUGUUGUUGGCCGCCCCAUCCCUGUUCAUCAGAUUCUGCACCCGACCUCGGAGCAGAUUGAGGAGCUGCAUCAGACCUAUUUGGAGGAGCUGAGGAAGUUAUUUGAAGAGCACAAAGGAAAGUAUGGCAUCCCAGAGCACCAAACUCUUGUUUUUAAGUGACUUCACUCUUAAAGGGCGUAAAGGAGAACCAGAAGCCAUCCCAUGGAGAGAAUAAAUAUUUUAAAUAAGUUUUUUUUCUUUUGACUAUGAAAUGAAAUUUGUAACUGAAAAGUAUUAUUUAUGAUGACAGAUGUUGAUGUUUUAUUUGUAGUAAGUAAAGAUCCAGUGCAUAACUAUAGAAGGAUAAGUAUGGAGAUGACCACGUGUAUAAGACUUUUUUUAAUAACACUUCUUCGCUUAGGAAGGCUUCAUCAUUUUAAAGGUGAUGAAAAGAGAAUGAUUCAUGUGCUCCAAUGAAAUGACAGCUUCGAAAAAUAAUUAGACUCUUACUAAAUCUCACAAUAACUUAAGGUGGUGUUUUCACUAAGUACUGCAGCUGUUGUUCAGCACAGCUGGAACGUUUAGGAAACAGUCUAAAAUGAUUUUCCAUAGAGAGCUAGAGGAGAUACAUUUUUUUUCUGCAUGAACAGGCCAUUUGUUAGUGAAUACUGUUACUUUUAAUAUUUAGAUAAUUUGAUCUUUUAGGUCAAGUCAACUAACACAUUUUUAUACAAUAAUGCAGAUUUUUUUAUGUCAUUCUCAAAAUAGGAUAAACCUGCCAUAUGGAAGGCCGCAUGGACAGAGCUUGCCUUGUUUCUACUUAUGGUUAGAAACACGCUCAUUUGCUGUAGACAAGGAAGUUUAUUUGAAAGAUGGGCUUUUGCAGAUGUCUAGUACAUUGGAAAUUCCAGAAUGUUUUCAUGGUAAUAGAAAUAAUUUCAGUGUUCUUUCCAUUGUAAGGCAAGCUCUGAAGGAAAGAACGUUCUCUUGUGAGAUGUAUCCACUUCACAGUUGAUUUAGCUUAUGAGUCUUCUCUGAACCAGAAUGAGCAGGAACCUUGAGCUUCGUGCUUGCUGAUAUUCCCUAGUGUCUGGGUUAGCUCGAGGCACUUAGUAGGCACAAAGUGAGGACUUGUUUGAUGAAUGUAUUGAUAGAUAUGGUGGAAUAUGCAGACACACUUUGUCGUAAAGCAAAGAAUUUUUCAAGCUGUGCUGUAGGAUGAAACCUGUUGCAAGACAAGACUCACUUUUAGAAGACAACAAUUUCUAUAUUUAACUGUACAUCAGUAAUUAUACUGUAGGUUGCUUUUUAGUGAAAAGUCAGAAGGAGGUUUCUGAUUAUUAGAAAUAAUCAGUGUUAACCAAGUGUUAAGUAACUAGUCAGUAAGAAGAAUUGUCUAGUUUCCAAAUGAUCUCUAUUGCUAGAUGUUUGCUUUUCUGCCUUCUCUACUCCAGCUGUUUCUGGGCAACUUCACUGAGUUGCUUUCUAACUCUAUGAUAAUAUGCCUUCAGGUUUCUAGUUUAUAAACCUUAAACUCUGGGCUACAGACUGGAUUGGGUUCAAUUCAUAAUUGAAAACCAAAAAAAAGUGAACCUUCUUAA